AUGACGACGUGCAGCAUGGACCUGGACUGUGAGAGAUGCCAGUGCCACAGUGAGGAGAAUCGAAACGCCAUCCUCUAUACCCUCCUGAGCCAGAACCUGAACCACAAAUGGGGCAGCCAUAGCCCAUCCCAGCAGCGCUGCCUGUGCCAGAAGCGUCGCACCGUCUGCCUCCAAACACCUGAGGUCACCUGCCAGGCAGCCUCUGAUGUCCUUGUGAAAACAGUCAGCUUCAUGAAGAACCUGCCCUCCUUCCAGCUGCUGCCCCGGGGAGACCAGCUGCUGCUUCUGGACAGCUGCUGGGCUCCCCUCUUCAUUCUGGGGCUGGUUCAGGAGAUGGUGACAUUCGAGGUGAUGGAAACCCCAGCCCCUAGCAUGCUCAAGAGGAUUCUCCUCGAUGGCCAGAGUAAGAGACGGGAGCCUGAGAGGACACAGCCCACCCUAGCUGGGGUGCAGCGGCUGCAGUGCUGCCUGAACACAUUCUGGAGCCUGGACCUGAGCCCUAAGGAGUAUGCUUAUCUGAAAGGAGCCAUUCUCUUUAACCCUGAUGUCCCAGGUCUCAGGGCCUCUUUGUACAUCGAGAGCCUCCAACGGGAAGCACAGAGAGCGCUCCGAGAAGUCCUAGUGCCCCUCCACCCAGAGGACCAGGGCCGCUUUGCCCGCAUCUUGCUGAUUGCCUCCACCUUGCGGUCCAUUCCUCCUGCACUUAUCACAGACCUCUUCUUUCGACCGAUCAUUGGCAAUGCAGACAUUAUUGAGGUGAUCACUGAAAUGCUGUAUGAAAUAACCUGCAGGCGACUGACUCUUUCAUCACACACAGCCUCCUGA